AAAUCAUCUUGCAUAUCUAAAUCACACGUACAAAAAUAAAACAAUACACCAACUAUAGCAUGGCCUCCUCCACAGAAACCCCACCAGUUCCAGAGCCGGAGCCAGUCGUUGAGGCUCCAGUGGAGGAAGUGCCGCCUAGUGAGCCACCACCGGAGGUGAAAGCACCGGCAGCACCGGUGAAUUAUCUCUCCGUAGCUGAGGUGGUGCUGCGAUUUCUAUUGUUUGCUUCAGCCGUGGUGGCGGUUGUGGUGAUUGUUAGCAGCAAGGAAACAGUGAAUUCAAGGGAUGCCAAAUUCAACUACUCACCAGCUCUCAUAUACUUUGUAGCAGCACUCUCAGUUGCGGGGUUGUACAGCAUCAUCACCACACUCUCGUCAUUUUAUACUCUACUCAAACCUGGCUUCUGCCCACAACUCUUAUCUCAUUUCCUCAUUGUUGAUGUUCUGCUGCUAGGAAUUGUAAGCGCAGCAACUGGAUCGGCAGGUGCGAUUGCAUACACCGGUUUGAAGGGAAAUUCUCAUCUGAGAUGGGGUAAAGUUUGCAAUGUUUAUGACAAGUUUUGUACAUAUGUCGGAGCUUCCGUUGCUGUCUCGCUCUUUGCCUCGGUCGUGCUUGCUCUCCUCGUUCUCCUUUCUCUCUACUCUAUCUCCAAGAAGAUCCCGAAAUAGUCCAAUGUACAAAAAAAAAAAGGACCUAGCAUGUGUGUGUGUGUGAAUUGAUGAUCAUGAGUUUGUGUAUAAAAUCAGUUUGUGGAAUUGCAUGUCGUUUGUGAAUAUGUAUUUAUAUCUUGCAUGUGCAUAUGUAAGAAAGUAGAUUUCCUUGGUCGAUAUUCUCUAUACUAAAAUGAUUCCUACAAUAUUUAUAGCAAGAUGAUUCCUUGAAUGACA